GAUUCUUGUUCUCGAUCACUAUUCAGCAGUUCAUCCUUCAUUGACUUUGAGGCUUCGUUGUAUCUUUCAGUGUACAUCGACUUCGCAGUUGCUCUCUGUUCAAGUGAAAUUCUAGGCUUGAGCACGCUCUGCAAACACCUACACUGAAACCCCGUACUGGGCGCAAUCGCUCUGAGCAUUGACAAUGCAUCUGUAUAACUUGACUCUUCAACCUCCCACUGCAAUCACCCAGGCCAUUGUUGGAAACUUCUCUGGGGCUAGGCAGCAGGAGAUUAUAGUCUCUCGCGGGACACGACUGGAGCUAUUACGACCUGAUGUUCAAACUGGCAAAGUUUCUACUGUCAUCGCGAGUGAUGUCUUUGGGUCCAUCCGUUCCCUCGCUGCGUUCCGGUUAACUGGAGGAACCAAGGAUUAUGCAAUCGUAGGGUCGGACUCGGGACGUAUUGUGAUUCUUGACUAUGAUCCCAAGACGAGCAGUUUCGUUAAGAUACACCAGGAAACAUAUGGCAAAUCUGGUGCUCGACGGAUUGUCCCCGGACAAUAUCUGGCGGCUGAUCCUAAAGGUCGGGCCGUUAUGAUCUCUGCUGUGGAAAAGGCCAAGCUGGUGUACAUUCUCAACCGCGACGCUGCAGCGAACUUGACUAUUUCUUCGCCUCUUGAGGCACACAAAAACAAUGCCAUCAUCCACCACAUCAUCGGGUUGGACGUUGGCUUCGAGAACCCUACAUUUGCUGCGUUAGAGGUUGAUUACACCGAGUCGGAUCAGGAUCCAACGGGGGAAGCUUUCAACAAUGCUGAAAAGUUAUUGACUUACUAUGAACUCGACCUGGGCUUGAAUCACGUCGUGCGCAAGUGGAGUGAGCCUACGGACCCAAGAGCGAACCUCCUCGUUCAGGUUCCUGGGGGGCAACUAGCCUCUUCAGACCGCUAUGACGGGCCCUCUGGUGUGUUGGUUUGCUGUGAAGACCACAUAAUAUACCGACACAUGGAUGCACCCCAGCAUCGUGUUCCUAUUCCAAGACGACGACAUCCCCUCGAAGACCCUGAACGUGGACUUAUCAUCACUGCCGCAGUUAUGCACAAGAUGAAGGGCGCAUUCUUCUUCCUUCUACAAAGUGAAGAAGGCGACUUGUACAAAGUGACAAUUGAACAUGAUGAACAAGAUGUCAAGGCAGUCAAGAUCAAGUACUUCGACACAGUACCAGUCGCGAUCAGUCUUUGCAUUCUCAAAUCCGGUUUCUUGUUCGUCGCUUCAGAAUUCGGCAACCACUAUCUGUAUCAGUUCCAGAAGUUGGGCGAUGAUGAUAACGAACCAGAGUUCUCGUCAAUAGAUUAUCCUAACUAUGGUAUGGCCGACCCAACACUCCCUCUACCGCGAGCGUACUUCCGCCCCCGAGCCCUUGACAAUCUUACGUUGGUGGAUGAACUGGAAUCACUGGACCCCAUUCUUGACUCAAAAGUUCUGAACGUGCUUCCUAAUUCCGACUCUCCUCAGAUCUUCUCUGCUUGUGGGAGGGGUGCUCGCAGUACCCUGAGAACUUUGCGACAUGGUUUGGAAGUGGAGGAAGUCGUCAGCUCGGAUUUGCCAGGUAUCCCGAAUGCAGUCUGGACAACGAAGCUCAAGGAAGAAGAUGAACACGACUCAUACAUUAUAUUGUCUUUCGUGAACGGUACUCUCGUACUGUCAAUCGGCGAGACGAUUGAAGAAGUACAAGAUACUGGUUUCCUUUCGUCAGCGCCGACGCUUGCAGUCCAACAAAUUGGUGCCGAUGCUCUCCUUCAGGUCCAUCCCCAUGGUAUUCGUCACGUCCUAUCAGAUCGUCGUGUGAACGAAUGGAGAGUACCCCAAGGCAAGACUAUCGUCAGCGCUACAACCAACAAGCGGCAGGUAGUUGUUGCACUUAGCUCGGCGGAGCUGGUAUAUUUCGAGUUGGAUCUGGACGGGCAGCUGAACGAAUAUCAAGACCGUAAGGCAAUGGGCAGUACAGUACUGGCACUAAGUAUUGCUGAAGUACCCGAGGGUCGACAGCGAACACCGUUCCUCGCCGUUGGAUGCGAAGACCAGACUGUACGAAUCAUCUCCCUGGAUCCCGAAAGCACGCUUGAAACGAUUAGUUUGCAAGCCUUGACUGCUCCCCCUUCUUCUAUCUGCAUCGCCGAUAUGUUAGAUGCUGGUAUCAACAAGACGCAACUGACGACCUUCGUCAACAUCGGCCUUCAAAAUGGUGUCUUGCUACGAACUGUCCUCGAUCCCGUCAAUGGACAGUUAACAGAUACCCGAACUCGCUUUUUGGGAACUCGUCCAAUCAAACUCGUCCGGGUGAUGGUCCAGAAGAACCCUGGUAUUCUGGCACUCUCAUCACGAUCAUGGCUCAACUACACUUAUCAAAAUCUCAUGCACUUCACGCCUCUCAUUUUCGAGAACCUCGACUAUGCAUGGAGUUUCUCGGCGGAGCUGUGCCCGGAGGGUCUAAUCGGAAUCUCGGGAAGCGUACUUCGGAUCUUCCAGAUACCUCGGCUUGGAACGAAGCUCAAACAAGACUCUAUUCCCCUUUCCUACACGCCUCGCAAAUUCAUCACGCACCCUCACAACGGCUACUUCUAUCUCAUUGAAGGUGAUCAUCGUGUCAUGGGAGAGGCUGCUUCCAAACAACAGCUGGAGAAGCUUCGCCAAGAGGGGAAAAUGAUAGACGACGAAGUUGUUGACCUGCCUCCAGAGCAGUUCGGUCGUCCGAAAGCACCGGCUGGCACAUGGGGUUCAGCCAUUCGUGUUAUCGAUCCUGUAGAGGGAAAAACUGUCAAUGUUCUCCAUCUGGAUAACAAUGAAGCUGCUUUCUCAAUAGCAGUCGUUCCAUUUGCGGCCCGUAAUAAUGAGCUUCAUUUGGUUGUUGGAACUGCUCAGGACACGUUCUUGGCACCGAGAUCAUGCACGUCCGGCUUCCUUAGGACAUACAGUUUCACAGAUGAGGGCCGAGGUUUGGAGCUAUUGCACAAGACUGAGACCAAUGAUGUCCCUCUAGCUGUACUCGCGUUUCAAGGCAGGCUUGUUGCUGGUGUUGGGAAAUCUUUGAGGCUGUACGAUAUGGGCAAAAAGAAGCUUCUGCGAAAAGUGGAGAAUAAGACAUUCUCAUCGGCCAUCGUCACCCUCAAUACACAAGGUUCCCGUAUCCUAGUCGGAGACAUGCAAGAAUCUGUCUUCUACGCCGUUUAUAAGGCUCCAGAAAACCGCCUUCUCGUCUUCGCGGAUGAUUCACAACCACGCUGGAUCUCAUCAGCAGCCAUGGUCGACUACAAUACCGUAGUAGCUGGUGACAGAUUCGGCAAUGUCUUUGUUAACCGUCUUGACGCUAAAGUUUCCGACCAAGUUGAUGACGACCCAACUGGCGCUGGUAUCCUACACGAGAAGGGCCUUCUUGCGGGUGCACCUCACAAGACCCAGAUGAUUGCACACUUCCAUGUUGGCGAUAUCGUCACGGCCAUUCACAAGGUCUCAAUGGUCGCUGGUGGACGUGAAGUUCUCCUAUAUACUGGCCUGCAUGGAACGAUUGGUAUCUUGGUGCCGUUCGUAUCCAAAGAGGACGUCGACUUCAUCUCGACGUUGGAGCAGCAUAUGCGUACGGAACAGAUCAGUCUUGUAGGACGAGAUCAUCUGGCGUGGCGAGGCUAUUACGUUCCUGUGAAGGCGGUGGUGGAUGGUGACCUUUGUGAGAUGUAUGCGAGGUUACCCGCAAACAAACAGAGUGCGAUUGCGAACGAGUUGGACAGGACGGUUGGAGAGGUGCUGAAGAAGUUGGAGCAAUUGAGGGUGACUGCUAGUGGGUUCUAGGCUUAGUUCGUACUUGUUCCUCUCUGUAAAUUUGCUUGCGUUUACUGUAUUAUCAACUUUCUCCUGCUCGUAUGUAUAAAGUCCGUUGUAUAUGUUGGAGAUGCUGAGCGAUAUGAUAAUUCUAGUAUCCUGGGAUGUCUUUCGCAGAUCCCGGGAACACAGAGAUGAAAGUAGAAUCACUGAUCGAGAUUAUGUCGUUUGCGAGCUUGCAGAAGGUCGUGAUCACGGGUUGUUGACAAGGGAUAUUCGAAAGCUCCAGAGAAGUUUUGUUGACUGGCUCGUCGAAUGUAAUCCAGGGCUCUUUAACGUACAUGACAUUCGGUUGUCGUUGGGACGUAUGACAACUCCGCAUCACCGAGAAACACGAAAAGUACCAGGUGGUGAAAAGUGACCGCUACAGUGAAAUACUUCGAGCCACAAGACAUCCACUGUGAACAGCUUGUCCAGAGAUGCAAAUUAAAGGAGCUCAGAGGUA